AUGGGCACAUUGUUUGGGAGGCGAGGUCAUAAUUGGACAAAAAUGUUGUCAUCAAAGGAGGAUUUCACGGAUAAUUGCAUGAAAGAGAUGCAAAAAGAAGUAGAAAAAUCUCACAAUUAUAAUGUCCUAAGUUUUGAUCGUGAGAGAAACUAUUUCGUCGUCCAAGAGACAGUUAAUAAUAACGAGUGCCGGCCACUUACUUAUUAUAACGUCGACCUCCAAAAACAAACAUGUGACUGUGGGAAAUUUCAAACUUUUCAUGUGCCCUGCUCGCAUGCCAUUGCAGCUUGUUCUCAUGUCCGACUCAAUUAUCAGAUGUUUAUCCCUCCUGUAUUUCGAGUUCGAAAUAUCUUCAAGGUAUACGAACAAAGCUUCAUCGGUGUUCCCAAAGAAGAUCAAUGGACUCCUUAUCAAGGUGAUAUUCUUUUACACAAUGAAAGAAUGCGACGAAACAAAAAAGGUCGCCCAAACAGCACUCGCAUUAGGACUGAAAUGGACACCGUUGAGAAAGUAAAAAGACGAUGUGGAAUCUGUCAAGGAUUACAUAUGCGCAAAAAAUGUUCGCAUCGGCCAAAUGCAGCGGGCCCUUCUAACUAG